AUGCCGCAACCCAACACAAACGUAGAGACUGGGAGAGUGUCAUCCUGGAGGCAUCAUUUGCUGUAUUACUGGAUUGCUACUGGCAUCGUGGUAGGCUAUGCAUUCAGUGCAGUUAUGACUAUCGGAGGACUCAAUAUACAUGAGCUUAACAUCAUUUAUAUCACUACGGUAUUCAUUCCUGCAAACAUUCUCCUUCAUGCCCUCACCCACUUCCUGUGGCACCGUCCACGAGCGCGUAACCGCUUCUUACCUCUGACGAGAGGAAUUAUGAGCUGUGUGACUAUUGAAAUUUGGGCUGCAGGAUGUGUGGGAGUGUUUUAUACUAUGGAUAAUGCGAUGUGGAUUGCAGGAUGGUGGUUUAUUGGUAUACCGGGUGGGCUCUUGAUCAUCAAUCGAGUUGUUGAGUAUGGUAUAGAAUGGAGGUUAGGAUGGCAGGGGAAUUGA